UGUAAAAUUAUCUAUUUAGUGUUGUUAUUUUAUUAAAUAUUGAGUGUAGUUCCCGUUCGUUCACCUUUGAUGACCAUGAAAACUUCGUUCUCCUGGUUAAUGUGUUUUUGUUUCUUUUUCGAAAUUGGCAUUUUGUGUGAUAGAAAACUCGAAAAACGACAAACCAUAUUUUAUUGUCCAGGCGUAACUGAAUAUGGGUGUGGAUCUGGCCAGUGCAUUGAUGUCUCAAAUACUUGUAAUGGAAUACGAGAUUGCAAUGAUGGAUCUGAUGAAACUUUACUUUUAUGUGAAACGGUCUUAUGUCCACAAUAUACAUUCAAGUGCAAAUAUGGCGCUUGUAUCAGUAACAAGUAUAAAUGUGACGGCUUCGAACAGUGUGCUGAUGGUUCGGAUGAAGAACAUUGUUCCAAUUCAACUUCAAUAUCAACAUUUGCGAGUGCAAUAUCUAAAAAAAACGACACAGCAAAACCAAUAAAGCAGUCUUACAUCAAGAAAACUUGCGUGAUACCGACAAUUGAGGGCACAAAAUACUUCUAUAAAGAUUGGAAUCAAAAUGUUUCUCUAUCUUAUGGUACAGCAAUUGAACAAUAUCGCAUAGUUGAAGAGGACUGUGAAGUUGGAUUUCACAAAGUUGUUCCUUAUAGAUUUAUGGUAUGCUCGGAAUCCGGACAAUGGAGACCAUUCGUAACUGAUGAAUUAUGUUUAAAAAUGUGUCCGCCUAUGGAAUCAGAUAGUUUAGAUUUUGAAUGUAUCUUUGAGGAUAAAUAUAUUAGUUGCUUAAAAGCAGUACCUGGAACCAUAUUAAAUCAAACAUGUAAAGCCACUCAUAGAUUAUCAAACGAACAAGAACAACGCUCAACUCGAUUAAUUUGUCUGGAAGAUGCAACAUGGAGUGAUGAUGAUCUAUAUACGUGUAUUCCAUUUUGUGGUCAACUAUAUACUCCAAGCAAUAAGUCAAGUGAUGAGAAAAUAGAAUAUGAAACAGUGCCUUGGAGUGUUGGAUUAUAUCGACAAAAUAACAGUCACCAUGAUGAGUAUUUUGAAUUAAUAUGCGGAGGGACAUUAAUUGCGCCGAAUUUAGUUGUUACUGCUGCUCAAUGUUAUUGGGAAGAAGGGAAUACUGAUAAAAUAUUGACGAAUAAAAAUAAUACUUAUAAAGUUGCUGUUGGAAAGUAUACUAGUGAUAUUUCAAUAAAAGAAAAUAAUUUUACUCAGAUUAUUGAUGUGGGUUUAAUUUAUUUAAAAGAGAGUUAUAAUGGUUCUUCUUGGUAUUAUGCCGAUGAUUUAGCUAUUAUCGUGUUAUACACUCAAGUUACAAUCAGUGACUUUGUUUUGCCAAUUUGUAUCGAUUGGUCUAAGCAAUAUACUGUUCCGAACGGAUCUAAUGGAAAGGUUGUCGGCUGGGGAAAAACUAAAAUGAUAGAAACAAGUUCUAUUUUAUUAAAAGCCAACGUAUCAUAUAUUGAUAAAAAUACUUGUCGUGAUAUGUAUACAAAUGGAUUUCAAUCAUUGGUGACUGUAGAUAAAUUUUGCGCUGUUUCUCCAUCAGAACAAAACAUUAAUGAAAUAUUCAUUGGUUCAGGCUUAACAUAUGAACAUGGUACUUUACAAUUUUUAACCGGAAUAGUAAGUGUCAUGAAUCCAAGCACGAAUGAUUUAUUUGCUGUUUUUACGGAUGUAAGUCACCAUAUUCAAUGGAUUCACCGAUUCGUGAAAGACUUUACUAAUCUUGUUAAUAUCAUAAUAUUAUUUGCUGCAAUAUUUUCGUCAUCGGCCAUGAAGUCAACGUAUACUUUUAUUCUGGUUAUAUAUUCAUAUUUCAUAUUGGGAACGGUUAUUUUGUGUGAAAAAGAAUUUAAAAAACGACAAACCGGAUUAAUUUGCUCAGAUGAAUUGGAGUACACUUGUAAAUCUGGCCAAUGCAUAGAUAUCACAUCUAUUUGUGAUGGAUUACAAGACUGCAAAGACGGAUCUGAUGAAACAGAAAUUCUAUGUAGAUCGAUCACGUGUCCAACAUACGCAUUCAAGUGCAAAUAUGGUGCUUGUGUAAGUUUAGGAAGUAAAUGUGAUGGUGUAAAUCAGUGUUUAGACGGUUCUGAUGAGGCACAAUGUGCCGAUUUAAUUUCACCACCAAUAACUACAGAAUCUGAAAAUAACUCUGAAAAUACUUCAAAACAAUCGAAUUCUACUGAGUCAACUAUCAUAGAAUCGACAAUUACGGAAUCGACAACUACGGAAUCGACAACUACGGAAUCGAGUACUAUAUCGAUAACUACAGCAUCAACAACUACAAACAUCUCAUCCUCUACAUUAAUUCCAUUAAUCACACUAAACACGUCGAUGGACAAUUCUUCCAAUCAAAACAAAACUUGUGUGAUACCAACCAUUGAGGGAACUAAGCAUUUUUAUAAGGAUUUAAUUCAAAACGUUCCCGUACCAAAUGGUGCUGUUGUUGAUAAAUAUCGCAUAGUUGAAGUGGACUGUAAAGAAGGAUAUUAUAAAAAUAUUCCACACAAAUUUAUGGUUUGUUCGGAUUCUGGACAAUGGAUGCCAUUUGUUUCUAAAACAUUGUGUUUGAAAAAGUGUCCUCCUAUGGUCUCAGAUAUAAUAGAUAUUAAAUGUUCGCUGAAUGGAAAUAAUGUAAAUUGUUCAACACCAUCAGAACCUGGUACUAAAUUAACACAAUCUUGUAAAGUCACAAAUUCACAUAAAGGACAAAAAGUAAUGGAUACUUCUAAUGAGCUACUUUGUCUUCAAAAUGCAAAAUGGAGUGGUCAAUUACUUACCACUUGUACAUCACGUGACGAAUUAAUCUUAAAUAGAGUGAGCGAGUCAUCAGUAAUAGCACCUUGGAAUGCGGAAAUAUAUAAAAUUAAUAACGAUGGUCAAUAUUACCGAAUAUGCGGAGGAACACUAAUUGCUCCAAAUUUAGUUGUCUCUGCUGCUCAUUGUUUUUGGAAAAAGGGGUUAAGGAGAAAAAUUAUAUUGAAUGAAAAUAAUAGUAUUAAAAUUGCCGUCGGAAAAACAACUACUGAUUUUUCUGUAAUAGACAAUCAAUAUACACAGUAUAUAGACGUCAAAUUAAUUUAUCUAAAGGAAAGUUAUGAAGGCCCGGCUGGAUUUUAUGCUGAUGACAUUUCUGUAAUUGUGUUAGCAACUGACAUCAUCAAUAGUAAUGGUGUUUUUCCAGCUUCUAUUGAUUGGUCAACAACAUAUUCACUUUUCAAUGGAGAUCUAGGAAAGAUGUUUGGCUUGGGAAUCAAUAAUAUUAUGAAUGGUAAUGGACAAGAUAAAUCGAUAUUAAAAUUAUAUACUUUACCAUAUAUUAAUCACAAUACGUGUCAGAAAAUGUACACAAAUGGAUUUAGAAGUUACGUGACCAAAGAUAAAUUCUGCACGGGUUAUAAAAUGGUUGCAGGAGAAAAAGAUCUUAUAGGAUUUGGCGGUUCGGGCUUGAUGUAUGGAGAUAAUGAUUCUGUACAAUAUUUAACUGGAGUACUUAGUAUCAAGGAUUUAUAUUCAAAUAAAUCAGUAGCUGUAUUCACAAGCAUCGAACAUCAUGUACAUUGGAUUUGUCAUAUUUAUUUAAAUCAUGCAACUUACACGAUGUAAAUGUGGCAUACAUUGUAAGUGAUAUAACACAUAUCGCAUAUCAAUAUAUAAUUAUGAAUAUUAAACCGUGAAAAUAAAUAAACAUAUAUUUAUGAAAAAAAAC